CCCGACGCGUCUUCCCCAGCUUUCUGAAGCUGUUCAGCUCUCAUAUUUCUCCUUCUUCUCAAUGCCCAUUGCCAUACCUGCCAACAUCCCAGCUUCUCGAUCCAUUAUCUGUUCUUCUUAGCAGUAAUUGUACAACCACUCUUCAAUUCUACUGAGCGACCAAAAUGGGAAAGGCAAAGGAUGGAUCAGAGACGCCUGCCCGGGCCCCUCCAUCAUUGAAGAAGCAGAAUUCCAGUGCUGGACCUUCGUCAGGACAGCGGACGAUUCAGAGCUUUUUCGGAAAGAAGGCCGCGAGCAGUACACCUACUCCCAUCGCUUCUAAUGGCGUCUUAAAGGCGAACGACACUUCAAAUGCCGUCAACGCCAUGACGAAACCCACCCUCCCAGUCAAGAAACCCGCGUUCCGGAAACCCGUUGUCAAGAGCAUGACUCCUGUACCAAGUAGUGAUGCAAUAGGCCCGUCCAGCUCCCAGGAGAAUGAGAAUGGAGGGAUCCCAGAAGAGGCUGUCACCGGAAAUGGCCUUGUAUUGGGUAGCAGCCCGUCUCGCAAGGCAAAGAAGGUUGUCAGUUACGCCGAAUCGGACGACGACGACGAUGAGGAUGCCUACGACCCUGCCGGUAUCAAUACCAAGAGGAGAAGAGUCUCCAAACCCAAAAUUGAAGAGGAUGAAGAUGAAGAGGAUGCAUUCAUCGCAGGGCUUGAUGGUGCAGUGGACGAUGACGAUGACGAUAUGGAUGAUUUUGUCGUCGACGAUGACUCUGAUGCUCCUGUAAAGCCAUCGAAGAAAAGAAAGAGGCCUGUGUCGACCGCCAACUCUCGAAAACGAUCCAACGCAAACAUUGCUCCUCCCACACCUGCUCCAAUCGCGAGAGAUGCAAGCGAGGAUCUAGAUAUGGAGAUGCCACAGACAUCAACCGCGCAGCAAUGGAUGUAUGACCCGGAAAACACAGCGCUUUUACUAGAAAAGUCGUCAAGUGCCCUCAAAACCCCGCAAUCGAACAAGAAGAAGCCCAAGGAGAAAGCAUGUAAGAGUGAGCCGGAACAUCGAUAUCCAUGGCUGGCGAACCUGCAAGAUAUAGAUCGAAACCCUAUUGGACAUCCGGACUAUGACCCGAGAACUGUUUAUAUUCCCCCAGGAGCAUGGGUGAAAUUCUCACCAUUCGAGAAGCAAUACUGGGAAAUUAAACAGAAGUUCUGGGAUACAGUAGUUUUCUUCAAGAAGGGUAAAUUCUACGAGCUGUACGAGAACGAUGCCACCAUUGGUCAUCAGUUGUUUGACCUCAAACUUACAGAUCGGGUCAACAUGCGAAUGGUUGGUGUCCCAGAAAUGUCACUGGAUCAUUGGGCCAACCAGUUUGUUGCCAAAGGAUUCAAGAUUGCUCGCGUUGAUCAGUGCGAAUCUGCUUUAGGCAAGGAAAUGCGAGAAGCCGAAGGGAAGAGCAAUGGAACCAAGGCUUCUUCUAAGGCAGACAAGAUCAUCCGCCGUGAACUGGCCUGCGUUCUGACUGGAGGAACGUUGGUAGAGGGAAGCAUGCUUCAAGAUGACAUGGCUACAUUCUGUGUGGCCAUCAAGGAAGAAAUGAUUGAUGACCUACCCAAUUAUGGAGUUGCAUUCGUCGACACUGCAACUGGACAGUUCUUCCUCUCGGAAUUCGUGGACGAUGUUGACCUGACCAAGUUCGAGACAAUAAUUGCUCAAAUCAGACCUCAGGAGCUACUGCUUGAGAAAUCGCACCUGUCCACCAAAGCACUUCGUAUUUUGAAGAACAAUACCAACCCGACGACUAUUUGGAACUAUCUAAAGGCUGGCAACGAGUUCUGGACAGCUGACCUUACUCGACGGGAAUUGGAUUGCAAUGGCUACUUCACCUCUGAAGAGGCUGAUGGCAAAGAAAUCUGGCCUGAGAAGCUGGAAGCUGCGAGAGGCAGUGAUGUGUUGAUGUCUGCUAUGGGUGCUCUUGUUCAGUAUCUUAGAACACUCAAGCUGGAGCGCAGUCUUUUGACCCAAGGGAACUUCACUACCUAUAGCCCAAUUCAGAAAGGCACUACCUUAGUUCUAGAUGGACAGACACUCAUCAAUUUGGAAGUCUUCGCCAACAGUUUUGAUGGAAGCCAGGAUGGAACUCUCUUUACUCUGCUCAACCGCUGUGUAACGCCAUUCGGCAAGCGCAUGUUCCGACAAUGGGUCUGCCAUCCUCUGGCCGAUGCAGCUAGAAUCAACGACCGCUUGGACGCGGUAGACAUGCUCAACAAGGAUCGCACUUUGAGUGAACAGUUUAUUGAGUCCAUGACCCGGAUGCCAGAUCUGGAGAGAUUGAUUUCUCGCAUUCACGCGGGAUCUUGCAGACCAGAAGACUUUGUCAAGGUUAUUGAUGGCUUUGAGCAAAUUGAGUACACCAUGAGCCUCUUGCAAGCUUUCGGUGGCGGCGAUGGAAUUGUUGAUAGACUCAUUUCUGCGAUGCCGGACCUGACGAAGCCACUAAAGUUCUGGAAGACAGCAUUUGAUCACUCAAAGGCGAGAGAAUUCAAACUUCUGGUGCCGGAGCGAGGAGUCGAAGAAGACUUCGAUGGCAGCCAAGACCACAUCGAAGAGAUUGAAGGAGAAUUGGAAGCCCUACUGAAACGCAAGAGGAAGGAGCUGGGCGGCAAUACGACCAAGAUCAACUACAAGACUAUUGGGAAAGAGAUAUACCAGAUGGAAGUACCGGUGUCUAUCAAGGUGCCGAAAGAUUGGAGCAUGAUGUCUUCGGCAUCUGGUUUCAAACGCUACUACUUUCCAGAGUUGAAAACUCUGAUUCGACAACUUCAAGAGGCUCAAGAGACACAUGGCCAGAUUGUGAAACAGGUGGCAAGUAGGCUGUAUGCUCGAUUCGACGAAGAUUACAACCUAUGGCUCCCAGCUGUCAGGGUUGUAUCACAGCUCGAUUGCCUAAUAAGUCUCGCUACAGCAUCGGCGGCUUUGGGAGAGCCAAGUUGUAGACCGACAUUUGUUGAUUCAGAACGAAGUGUGAUUGAAUUUGAAGAACUUCGACAUCCUUGCGUGCUGCCAAAUGUCGCGGAUUUCAUUCCAAAUGAUGUCAAGCUUGGUGGGGAUGCAGCGAAUAUUAACUUGUUGACUGGUGCGAACGCUGCUGGAAAAUCAACAAUGCUGCGAAUGACCUGUGUUGCAGUGAUCAUGGCUCAGAUCGGAUGUUACGUUCCCUGCGUUUCGGCAACCCUGACUCCUGUUGAUCGAAUCAUGUCUCGCCUGGGUGCCAAUGACAACAUCUUCGCCGCACAAUCUACAUUUUUCGUCGAGCUCUCAGAAACGAAGAAGAUUCUGGCGGAAGCUACUCCUCGCUCACUUGUGAUCCUUGACGAACUCGGUCGUGGAACGAGCUCAUAUGAUGGCGUAGCUGUGGCACAAGCAGUACUACACCAUGUCGCAACUCACAUUGGAUGCACCGGUUUCUUUGCAACACAUUACCACUCCCUCGCAACUGAAUUUUCAGGCCACCCUGAGAUCGCUCCAAAGAGAAUGCAAAUUCACGUAGACGAAGACAAUCGGCGAGUCACCUUCCUUUACAAACUCGAGGAUGGUGUUGCAGAAGGCAGCUUCGGUAUGCAUUGCGCUGCAAUGUGCGGCAUCCCUACGAAAGUUAUCGAUCGUGCUGAAGUCGCGGCAAAGGAAUGGGAACAUACCAGCCGCUUGAAAGAGAGUUUAGAAAAGGCGAGAAGCGGAUGUUAUAUUCCUCUUGGUGUACAGAGUGAUGUCAGCUGGAUUCUGAAGCAAGCUAUUGGAGGGUCUCCAGAGGACGGUGUUGAAGAUAGGGGACUUGAGGUCUUGAUGAAGGCUAUCGCUAGAUUGUAGUCUAGCAAUGGCGGAUAGAGACUCUAUAUUGUAAGAUGUUAUAUAUGAGGAUCUGGCAGGGAAAGGGAGUUUUGAUAUGAUUUUGGAAAUUGCUUUUGCUUUCUUCGCUUGGUAGAUAGCUACUACUUUUAGCUGCCAGGAGUUGUGUGAUUGGCCAUCUUUUGGGAUUAUCGAAUAGAGCCAAAAACGUACAUGUAAUAGAAAAGAGUACAAUAGUUGUUUUCAUACGUUUCUCUGUGAAAAGUCGGAUAGACAUUCAAUUUGACUCAACGUCCUCAACGCUCUCAGCACCUGCAGCACCACAUCAAAUCCACCAAAACCCAUUCUCCAUCUUCCUUCUUCUUUCUAUCCUACUCAACUUCUCAUGCCACGAGACCAAGCAAAAGUAAAUAGUUAAUUAAAUAACCCACAGCAUCUAUCUAGCCUCUCAAAUUUUAAGCGCCAGACGCGCAUCUUCUCUAUCCCGGAUCCCACGGCCCUUCAUUCCGGAUCAGCGAAUGUUCAGAGACGCCGUGCAGUAGGUGAUUGUCGGCGGUGCAGUAGAGGCGGA